AUGGCUUCUAAAGAGACGACAGCCAGUGAUGAGUCAAAUUAGUAAUAAGAAGAAAUCGAAGAAGUACCAUUUAAAAGAUAUAGUUUCGAGAUCAAAUAGGCUGAUAUAAUAAAAUACCUACCAGAUUAAAAACGAAGCUUAUUCCAAGCUAAUCAAAACAGACAAAGCCCGAAUAAGAAAACCAAGCCAAGCAGAUCAAUCACUACAGAUAAUGUAGUUCAAAUAAAAAAGAGUGUAGCAAGCAUGAAAAAAAGAAGUAGUAAAAUGGGUUAGGGAUAAAUAAAGUCAAACGUUGAAAGAUAACAGUCCAAAGAUGAAGAGAGCUCUCCCAGUCCACCAUUAUUGGGCAAUAAUCUUGGUGGCUAAUUUUUGGAUAUUUCCCCAUAAUAAAGAUCGAGACAAACUUCUUCAGACCCUAAGUCUUAGACACCUAUAAAAUAUGAAGAUAGUAUUCCAACUUAAUAAUCUUUAAAUCAGAAGAGAAAAACAAAGGCUGUUGCAGAUAAAUUCUCAUUUAAUAUGAGACUUCUGAGAGAUUCCUCUAAAGGUGAAGAAUUCUAAACUAAGGAUAGAAAGUAUUCCUAUACUUAAAAUGAUAAUCCUAAGUAAGAAUAAAAACUAAACCAAAGUGCGCUGGAUUCAAGCUCAUCUUAUAUUCAUUAGCAGCAAGCUGAUGGCCUAGGCUUUGGAAACAAUACACUUUAGGAUAUCUUAGAAACUAGUACUAUUGAAGUGACUUAAAAUGCAUUUGAUAGAACAACCACAUCGAUGAUGAAGCUUAGAAGUAUUUUGACAAAUCAUAACUAGUCGAAUUCAAAUAUCAACCUACCUUAGGUGGAGUCAAUGGCUUAGGAUGUAACAAACAGAAGAGCUGCUCCUGCAGAAGAUUGGUCUCAACUCAUUAAUGGUCCAAGAAAGAGAGAAUCUUCUCUAAAGUCUUACAGAAAUUAGAACAAUCAAGUCAUUGAUAGGUCUUAGUAGUAGCAACAGUUCCAGUAUUAUUAACAAAGUUUUUUGCAAAGAUCUAAUGUUUUAUUUGACUCUUUGAACAUUGGAAAUAACAGUUAAUUCAUUAACCAGCCUCACCAUUUCCAAAAUGAUCCAAGAUACCAGCAGAAAUUCUAAUAGUGGAGAGAAAGCAACCUAAGGAACUAAUAAGAUUAAUAGAAAAUAGCUAAUAGCAGAAUACCUACUAAUCAAAGUAAUAGAACUUAGGAGCCAAUGAUUGGAAGUAAUUUCAUAACAAACAAAUCCAAAAUGAUGAACUUGCUUAUUGAUCUAAUCCCAGAUGAUAUAUUAGAUGUCAGCAUUACCAACCAAGCCUAGGAAAAUACUUCUAACUUUGGCAGAAACAAAACUGUGAUCACUAGAACUCCAAUAAUUUAGAAAUCCUAUCAUGUAGAUGAUAUAAAGUAGUAGAACUCUUACUAGCCAGAAAGUAGUCUAAGCGAUUUGAUCCAGAGACAGCUAAACUAGUAACAGAAUCAUUCUAACAUAAAGUCAUAUAAUAAAGCUUUUACUAAUCAAAAUAAAAGUUCUACUAAGAAUCACAGGUAAAAUAUUACUAUACAAGAUUCCAGUCUCUACUAUAAUCCCAUGAUGAUUAUUGGAAAUAACAAGAUCGGGCUUUCAUAGAAAGGUCAAUAAUAGCUUCUGCAAAAAAAUAAGGGAAUUUCCCUAAGAUUCGACUAUGAAGCAAAGCAUGUCAACUCUAGAGUAUCACUUUAACCUUCCAAAGAAAUCACGGUUCUCUAAUCAAAGAAAGAGCACCUACCUCUUAAAGCUGAAAAAAGCCAAUUACCUUAUAGAAUUGACAGCCCAGACUAAGAGUAUUAGAGCGACCAGAUUAAUUAUGAAUAUGUAGCCAAUGAAAAUAUUAAUGAGAGCAAUAUACUUCAGUCUACCAAGAAUAAAUUCAAGAAGAGUUUUGUGUUUCAAGAGGAUAUGAACAUUAUCAAAAGCAACAGAUCAGCCUAUACUCAUUAAAAACUAGAGGUAAACAACAGAAUAUCAUCUAUGUAUCAGCAUUAGCAGCAGUAGAAUCAGCAACAGUACCAAAUGAAUUAAAAGCUAAAGAAUAAGAACAUGACUAAAUCUAAGGAAAAGCAAACUGAAGGGGUUAAGUAUAGAACUAAAAUCUUAAAGCUUGAAGAGAAUUACUAAUAACUUUAAAACGACUUUGAUUCAUUUAGGGGCACUCAGGAACAAAUUACAUAAGAUUUGAAAGAUUAGAUUUAGUAGUUGUAUAAGAUGAUGGAAUCAUGCAAGUGCAGAGAUAAAAAUGUAACAUUAAGGGAGCAAGUUGAUCCAAAGAAAACAGAAAUGAGUUAGAGGUUUGAAAAGGUCUUUACUCCUUUUCUUAGCAAAAAUAAGUCUUUUAAAUUUACGAGGAAUGCAUCUCCAAACACCAAUAACAUCAGUUUUAACAUUCAAAAUAGUAAUAUUUUGAAUUUGCGUACCUUUUAAAAUAAAGAUGAUAAAAUCUAUUUCCAGACAUCAGUAGUUUCUUCUGAGAAAUCUAUCCUAGGCGGUUCUGCUAUGUAAUUAAAAACUGACAGAGGAGGGAAGAUAAUUGAUAAGUUAUCUUCACAUACAAAAAUGUUUGGCAUGGAUAAAAGUUCUCUCGGCUUAGUAAAUAAUAAAUGCGGGACGCUAAAUAAAUAAAAGAAUUUAGUGAUAAACAUUUCAGAUGGAAGUUAAGAAAGAGAAGUCUUGAAAGAGGUCAAAACUCCAAGUGUAAAUUAAACACUAAACUAGUAAACAGCCAAAAAUAUUGGUACUGGAGGAAAGAAAAACCUCUUCGAGUACAAUAAUAACUUAUCUGUGAAAUCAUAGUCUUUGUCUCAAUCAAGAAAUAGAUUAGAGACCAAGUACGAACCCUGUUAAAAUUACAAUCCUUAAACAUAAAGCUCGUUUUCAAAAGAUGUCAAUAUGCUGAGUGAAAAUGUGGAGGAAGAACACGAACUCUUGCUUGCUAAUAAUAAUAACAAGUAAACAGAAUACCUUCUAGAUUGUGAGAAUUCAUCUACCAUAGUGAUAACUUAGAAUAGGUCCCAGAUUUCCCUACCUAAAUAUAAAGCUACAAUGACUUAAGUCAUGAGUCCCACAAGAAGAGAGUUUAAUUCUAUGGAUGAGAUUAUUAGAGAAAAAAUUAAUGAUAAAGAUUGUAGAGACAGAGUCAUAGCUGCUGAAGGUUUUGUCAAGGAAAAAUACUUGACUGCUCCAUAGUUUUUUAGUUCUAAAAAUGAGUGCUUUUGCCAAGAAUAUAGUGAUAAAUGCUUGAACAGGUACUGUAGACAUUCAGUCUCCUCUUAGCUAUAGAAUUAAAUAGUCGUAGAGGAGCUAAAUAAGCUCUAUAUAAAUUUCAAAAGUCAUUGUAAGAGACCUGAUGUAAACAGCCCUUUAGACUUACUUAGGGCAUCAAUAAAUGAGCAAGAUAGUUAAUUCGAAGAUACUGAAAGAAUUAAUAAUUCAAGAAGGGACCUUGAUUAAUCUUACGUAAGACCUGGCAUGAUAAAAAACUUUAUGGCACUAAGACCGAAUCUAAUUGAAGUUUUUGAUUACAUAGCAGUUCCUCAAGCCAUAUGGAAAUAUCUUUAUUCGUGGUAUUCAACUGACUGGAGCAUUUCAAGAAAACUGGUUCAGGAUUCUAUCGCUGGAAGCUUCAUUGAUAAAGAUAUUGAUAGUUAAAAUUACGAUGUACUUUCGCAAGAUGAAGAGGAACAGCACUACAAUAAAAGACUUACUUUAGAUCUUUACCCUUACCACUGCUGA